AAUUGUGGUUAUUUAGCCGAAGAUGUUCCUGUCAUUUUUAGAAUAAAAGAUGAAAUAAAAAGUAAAUUUCGGGAAUUCCUAGACCCUAAUUAUAUCGGAACUUACGAAAUGGAAAUAAAUAAUUGUCCUUUUUGUGAGGGAGAACUUGAAGUCAAACAUUAUAAAAAAUGA